AUGCACUUCUCUGUCGUCUCCAUCCUGAUGCUGCUGGCCGGCCAGGGCGUCCUCGCCGUGCCGGCAGUCGAAGAGGUUAGGGCCGUUCGCACAAAGCCCGAGUCCCUCGCGGCGGCCGUGCGCAGCAAGUCCCAGUCCGUCAAGGUGGCCAACGGCACAAGACGCCAGUCCGUCAAGGCGGUCGACGGCACAAGACGCCAGUCCGUCAAGGCGGCCGACGGCACAAGACGCCAGUCCGUCAAGGCGGCCGACGGCACAAGACGCCAGUCCGUCAAGGCGGCCAGCGGCAAAAAAGUCCAGCCCCUGCCCGUCCCGGUGGCCGGCGGCAAAAAAGCCCAGUCCGGCGACAACUCAAAGCCGCAGGAUCGCGCGCCCACAAAGCACCAAAAGUCCCUCGCACCGGCCCUGUGGCUCAACGGCCGGCCCUUGACCCGUUCGGGCUCCGGCGGAAGCAACGUCAGACGAGCCGACCCCGCUCCCUGCGGCAAGGGCGACGACGUCUUGGAGUGCGCCUGGAAAUUCCAGAAGACAUUCAGGCCCAAUCCGGAAACGCACCUGGGGACACGCGAGAUCCACGUCCCGACAAGGUACUACGGUGAGGAGUUCCUCCUCAGAGGUCGCAGCGGAUACAUUAAACUCGAAUACGAUACCACGCUUUCGGAUUGCAAGGUCGGCCCGCCAAAAAUAGUCCACAAGGAGCCCCUCGUCUUUUGCAACACAAACAUGUGCAAGGAGAUUCUCAGGUUUGUCAAGACCAAGACCAAGUCCGUGACCUUUGGGUUCAGGAUUGGUACCUCUGCCUUGACCAGAAAUGGCGUCACCCCCCUGUCGGUGAACCUCGGCAUCUCGGGCGAAUGGGACCAUGCUUGGACGAGGACAGAGACCAACACAGAGGACAUGUCGAGAGAGUAUACCAUGACCGAGGGCCAGUUUUGCUCGGCCGCCACGAUACAGAUGGAUGUUCACUGCUAUGGCGUCAUCACCACGGCCACAAAGGAUGUCGAGUGGAUCGGCGAGACAUUUGGCAAGAACACUCCCAGGAUCAUUAAGGAUUUCUGCGGCACCAAAGAGGCCAGCCUCGAGAAGUAUCGCAGUGAGGAGGUGAAUGCAGUCUGCGAAUCCCUGCGCACCAAAACCCCCAUCACCGUCGAUCUCCAGUCGCAGCCGUUCGAGGAUCCCUGGGUCAUGGAGGGCUGCAUGUACGCCUAG